AUGUAUUUAUAAAUAUUGCUUUCUGUUUGUGUUUCAGAUGAAAGGAAUGAAUUAUCACAAAUGAUAACGACAAUGAUAGUUAAACAAAUGUAAAGACAUUUUAACCUUGACUUAAUAAAAGAAUCCAGUUCGUAUUCGCCGACCGGUGACUAAACUUGUUUUGCUUAUUUCCAUAACUUAUGUAAAAUAUAACUACGGAAAAGAGGAGACACUUUUGUUGUGAAAUUCAUAGCAAUCUAACGUGUUGGUAAAAUGAAAUCCUUUAUAGAGUAUUCUGCGAACACAGAUUUCCCGAUUGAAAAUUUACCCUACGGUGUAUUUACUUCGCCCAAAAAUGCCCAAAAACAUAUUGGAGUCGCGAUUGGUGAUUGGAUUCUGGAUUUGCAUGUGAUCUCUCAUCUAUUCUCAGGACCUCUACUGAAGGGAAAACAACAUGUUUUUAGGGAUGACAAAUUGAACUCGUUUAUGGGAUUAACAAAGGCGCACUGGAUUGAAGCAAGGGCCACUCUUCAGAGUCUUCUGGAUGCGAGCAAUACCAAAUUGAAGAAUGACUCCGAAUUGCGACAAAAGGCGUUUGUUAAGCAAUCCGAGGCUACCAUGCAUUUGCCAGCUGAGAUCGGAGACUACACGGAUUUUUACUCCUCAAUCCACCACGCCACAAACGUAGGCAUCAUGUUCAGAAGCAAAGAGAACGCUCUCAUGCCAAACUGGAAACACUUGCCAGUGGGUUACCAUGGCCGCAGCAGCUCCAUCGUCAUUUCUGGCACUCCGAUUACAAGACCCUACGGUCAAACAUUGCCUAUUGAAGGAGCCGAUCCUCACUUCGGUCCAUCUCGUCUCAUGGACUUCGAGCUGGAGAUGGCCUGCUUCGUGGGUGGUCCACCGACGGCGCUUGGCGAACGAGUCUCCGCCCGUCAUGCCGAAGAACGCCUGUUUGGAUUCGUACUGAUGAAUGAUUGGAGUGCUCGUGAUAUCCAAAAAUGGGAGUACGUGCCGCUCGGUCCAUUUACUGCCAAGAACCUGGGAACAUCCAUUUCCCCCUGGAUCGUUACCAUAGAGGCACUGCGUCCGUACAUCGUGGACAACUAUCCCCAGGAUCCCGAGCCGUUCGCGUAUUUGAAACACGACGAUAAGUUCAACUUCGAUAUCAAACUCGAGGUGGAUGUUAAGACUGACAAAUCUCCUGUGGCAAACACCAUCUGUCGCUCCAACUACCGCUUCAUGUACUGGACCGUGAAACAGCAGCUAGCUCAGCAGACUGUCUCGGGCUGCAACCUGCGUCCUGGGGACUUGCUUGGAUCGGGAACCAUUAGCGGGGAUACAUCUGAUUCAUAUGGCAGCAUGUUAGAGUUGAGCUGGAAAGGAACCAAGCCAAUCCGCUUACAGAAUGGAGAAGAAAGGAAAUUUUUGCAAGAUGGCGACACAGUAAUAUUAAGAGGAUAUUGCAUAAACGAGAUCGGUGUCCGCAUCGGUUUCGGAAAAUGCGAAGGAAAGCUGCUUCCGGCUCUACCUUUCAAAGAAUGAUCGAUUUUCAGCACAUGACCCAAACACCUUUUUAAAUAUUUUGUUUUUAUAUCACGUUGUGUCACUGCCAUAUUGUGUGUUUUAAAGGCAAAGAUUUCAUAGUUAGUUAUCAAUAAAAAGAUUUUCGUA